ACUGAUCGUCCUCGAGUUUCUGACCUGAGUGAGCGGUGCACUUGUGCAUGUGGCCAAGGUUGUAGCUGUGCUUUCUCUCUCAACUCUAGUCUUGACUUUUGGCGGCCUGAAAACAAAGACCGAGGAUGGCUGAAAAGAAAGUCUUUACCAAGGCUGAAAUCGCCGAGCACAACUCCAGCAAAUCGUGCUGGCUUGUAAUCCAUAACAAAGUCUACGAUGUGACGAAGUUUCUGAAUGAGCAUCCCGGCGGUGAGGAGGUUAUGCUGGAAGUGGCUGGAGUUAGCUCCUCUGGCGCAUACGCCACUUCAGCCUUUGAGGAUGUCGGCCACUCAACCGAUGCACGUGCGAUGCUGAAGGACUAUCUUCUGGGUGACGUGGCGGAGGCUGACCGUGAGGAUGACACGUCGUCGGAGCCGGUAAAGACGACACCAAGUGCUCCAGAGGCUAACGGCGGCGGUAGCUCAUUCAUGACCGUGCUCGUUCCCAUCGCCGUUGUCCUCCUUGGAGUAAUUGCCUACCGCUAUUUCAUUGCUCAAUAAGAUCCUACUGCGGGCCUGUUGCUGCUGCUGUUGCUGCUGCUGCUUCAGUAUUUAGCCAGGCGGUACAAGUAGUUUCAUGGACUAUUGCCGUGUUGUAGAAUUGGGUAAGGCCUGUCGCUGUUCUCUAUGUUCUCAUCUGUUUAACUCAGUAGUGGAUGCUGUGCUGGCUCGUUAUCAUUUGCUCAUUUUAAUGCAAGCUUUCACUGUUCCGUUGGUCAAACCAGCACAGGAUCCAUUGCACGCUAUGAUCUUCCAUACGAUUUCGACGCUGCUUGCUUCUGUUUUUUCUUUCUUAUGCCCUCUCCUCUUCAAUGUCGCCAUAGUUUGUUGCCGCCUGGCUCUAGAGAUCUGGUUCCAAUUGAUGCCAGCAGCGCACAUGCCAGCGCCUUGUACAAAACUGCUGUACUGCUGUAUGUUGACAGCUCACUAGCUAGGUAUGCCUCAAUACCUCCAUCUCUUUUUAGAAGCCACAUUCGAACUUCGAAGUCACCUGCCAAGAUUGGUAACAGCUUAA